AUGGCAUCAUCAUCUACACUUUCUCAACUAAUUAUUUUCCUCAUAAUAUUAUUCUCCACAAAUUUAUUAUUUGCAAUACCAGCCACAAGUUACCCUAUCGAAAACAUCUGCAGGCAGACGAAAAACCCGGAUUCCUGCUACAAGCUUCUAACUCCCCAUGCAAACGCAAAUCUGCAAGAAAUCGGCCGAAUAGUUAUCGAAACCACCUCCGCGAAAUUCACACUAACAGGUGCUUUGAUCGAAUCUUAUCGUACCCAAACAAAGGAUCCGAAUCUGAAAACGGUAUAUACUCUUUGCGUCAACUACUACAGAUCUGCGCUGGUCGAAAUAAACGGAGCAAGAGAUAAGCUGAAAACGGGCCAAUUUGGUGGCGUGAAUGCCGCUGCAAAUACGGUUUCGAGGGAUUCUUCUGCAUGCAUCGGGACUUUUGCUACUAAUGCACCUAAUAAGUCUAUUCCUAUUGCGAAAGAAACGAGUGAUGUUGAUUAUAUUAGUAGUGUUUUCGUCGUCGUUUCCAGGAUUCUAAGUUCGGGGGCUGUUGUUUAA